CUUGACCCGGGACAAUUAUCUUCAAUGUUGAGGAGAGUGAGUGUGCCAUGGAUGUGAAGGAGAGGAAACCAUACCGAUCCCUGACGAGACGGCGCGACGCGGAGCGCCGAUACACCAGCUCCUCUGCCGAUAGCGAUGAUAGCAAGAUCCCCCAGAAAUCUUACAGCUCCAGCGAGACCCUGAAGGCCUACGACCAAGACUCGAGGUUGUGCUACAGCAACCGGGUGAAGGACAAGGUUCACCAAGAGGUUGAUGAGUUCUGUCGAUCGGGUGGCACGUUUACUUUGCACGAGCUGGGAUUCGGUGAGAUGACGCCGCCGCACGGGACGCUUUACAGGACGGACAUCGGCCUCCCGCACUGCGGCUACUCCAUGACCGGCGAGAACGACGCGGAUACGGAGGGCGACGCCGUCAUGUCGCCAGAACACCCCGUCAGGCUGUGGGCGCGGGGCACUAAAUCGGGCCGAAGCUCCUGCAUGUCCAGCCGGGCCAACUCCAACCUCACCCUGACCGACACGGAGCACGAGCACACCGAGCAUGGUGAGUGACCCCGGCUUCUCUCCUUCUCAUCCA